AUGCAGACCAUUAAAUGUGUUGUCGUUGGUGAUGGUGCUGUCGGAAAGACAUGCCUCCUCAUCUCGUAUACCACCAACAAAUUUCCAAGCGAAUAUGUCCCUACGGUGUUUGACAACUACGCUGUGACCGUUAUGAUCGGCGACGAUCCCUAUACUCUGGGUUUAUUCGAUACUGCAGGUCAGGAGGAUUAUGAUCGUCUUCGACCCUUGUCGUAUCCCCAGACGGAUGUUUUCCUCGUUUGCUUUAGCGUCACAUCACCCGCUUCUUUUGAGAACGUAAAGGAAAAAUGGUUUCCUGAGGUUCAUCACCACUGCCCAGGGGUGCCUUGCCUUAUUGUUGGGACGCAAGUUGAUCUGCGAGACGACUCUCAAGUUCUAGAAAAGCUUGCGAGGCAGAAGCAGAGACCCGUCCAGCCGGAGCAGGGUGAGCGUUUGGCGAGAGAGUUGGGUGCUGUCAAGUACGUCGAGUGCUCCGCCUUGACACAAAAAGGUCUGAAAAACGUCUUUGAUGAGGCGAUCGUUGCGGCUUUAGAACCUCCUGUUAUCAAGAAGACUAGGAACAAAUGCGUCGUUGUUUAA